AUGCGGCCCCCGAGAAUAGCCAUUCUCGUCCUCUUUCUCGCCGCCUCUCUCUUCCUCUUCUGCCGCUCCGUCAUCUCGCUGAGGGAUGCCAACCAGUCGCCCACCGCGCCCCUGAGCCCCCACCGGACCACGACUCCGUUCCGGUCCUUCCUCUCCUUCACCGCGCCCUUCACCCUCUUCCCGCCAAAUGCCGCCAUCUCGCUCACCGACGACAACAGCACCUUCUUUCCUGCACGACCCGCCGCCUUUGGGCCUCCCCUCCCCGCCAGGGGCUUGAGCGGUCAGCUGUGGAUCGGGAGUGGUUUCGCCGACGAGAAUCUCCCCGAUGGCGAGGGAGAAGGCGAGCUGGGCUGCAGUGACUUGCCAGGCUAUGGCGAUGGGACAGCCAUCAUAGGCCUCAAGGGUACAACCGUCGGCAUGAGCGCAAAGGCAAAAGCCGUCUCCGCUGCUGGGCAGGGCGAGAAACUGAAGAGGUCGAGUCUGCCAAAGGGUCCUGCUGUUGACCCUGCAGCAGCCGUCGACGCAAGGCAAAAGGACAGGACGGGCCCUGUCGACGACGGCACCGACGACUACCUACACCAGACCCUCGCCUCCAAGGCUCCUGGCUACGAGAUGACCACCGUGACCUCAAGUCAUGCCGACAUACAGUCAAUUCAAGAGACGGCAGAGAUCACCGGAAAGGUGGUCCUGCUCAGCCGUGGAGGGUGUGGCUUCUUGGAAAAGGUCAAAUGGGCCCAGCGGCGAGGCGCCGUCGGCGUCAUUGUUGGAGACAAUCAGAAAGGCAGCCCCCUUAUUCAAAUGUUCGCGCGAGGAGACACGUCCAACGUCACAAUCCCCGCCAUCUUCACUUCCCGGACGACCGCGCACCUCCUCUCGUCUCUGAUGCAACCUGGUAGCUUUAUCGAGGACGCCUUUGAUGAGAACGGAAACCCGGCACUCAAGGUGCAGCAGUCAGACCGCCUGCGGAAGAACAAGGCCAAGGGCCAGCCCACCACCGUUCAAGAAGCAGGCAAACACAUGGUCGAGUCCAAUUUUGCGAAAUCCAAGGUGACGAGGACGGAGUCCUCGGCCGCCGCGGACGACUCUCUCUCCCGGGCACAACCGUCGAGGAGCUGGAUGGCACGGUUGUUCGGGGGUAGCAGCGGGCCCAGGGCCGCGACUGAGCAGAGCCGGCCCCCAAGUAGCGGCCAACAUGACUGGGUACUUGUUGAUGAUUGGAAUGACGAAAAGGACAAGGUGAUCCGCAGCAGCUUGGAGAAGGCCUCGAAGAAGGACAGAGCCGCUGCGGCCCCGGCACAAAAGAGCUCAGGAGAUGGGUUCCAGAUCGGCGUGCAAGACUGGCGUGACCCUGACUUGGUGGAUGUUUCCGGGACAGGGGCGGACAAGACUGCGGCCAAAGGCAAGGACUCGAACAUCAAAACCAAGGAUGUGGCCGGAGCUGAAGUGGCUGGGAGCACCAGAAAGGCAUCAGACAAGAAGUCUGCGCCCUCAAAAGACGCGAACGGGCCAAAGGGCGGCAGCAUCACCCCUGGAAGCGGCCAGUACCCCCCCACGUAUUCCUCCAAAGACAGGCAAUUCUCGUCCUCCAGGGCAGGAAAGCAUCAGGGCAGCUCUUCAGGCCUCAUGUCCAAGCUCUUCGGCGACGACGACGGGGCGGACUUCACUCAAUCAAACCCUCCACCGAAGCCGAUUAACACGCCACUGACUAAGGAGCCCAUGCCAAAGGAGCCCGUUCAUGAGGGCCUAUGGGUGACCAUCACGCCUACUGGCAGCACUGCACCUUUCUUUGACACACUCCUGGUCCUGGUCGUCAGCCCGUUGAUCACUUUGACUGUUGUCUACGCCCUCCUUAUUCUGAGGGCUAAGAUCCGAAGGCGGAGGUGGCGCGCUCCCAAGUCUGUGGUUGAGCGACUACCCGUCCGUACGUAUCACACCGUCGCGACGACCACGCCAAGUCAAACACCACGGCUGCCUUCACCAACAAGCUCAUCGCCUACGACGCCUUUGCUGCAGAGCUCACCUCGCCCUAGACCACGCUCGCGGACUACUACUGGUGUUCCCGAGGCAGACGACCUGUUGCGCGUUGACUCUCCCCUACAGCAAUCACGGUCCCCAUCCCGUGCUUCACCCCCCCAUGAGAAGGAAAGCCAGUGGAAGAAGUACAUGGGCCGACAGGUGGAGUGCGUGGUCUGCUUGGAAGAAUAUGUCGACGGUGUCAGCCGUGUCAUGAGCUUGCCCUGCGGUCAUGAAUUCCAUGCUGAAUGCAUAACCCCCUGGCUGACAACUCGUCGUCGCACGUGUCCCAUCUGCAAAGGCGACGUCGUUCGAUCGCUCGCACGCGGGUCACCAUCUAGUCCCCGAUAUGAAGCUUACCACGAUGAUAGCGACGAAGAAGAUGAUGCCGAGCCAGAGGCCUCAGGCUCCGGGAGAAGGUCACCAACCGUUCGGGACGCGGAGGAGGGAAUCUUGUCGCCCGCACCCCGUCACAUUGCUCGCAGGACUGGGAGAGCAGACGGCUGGCUUGGUUUAUUAUCCAGCAGCUUUGGCACAAACGCUUCUGCAUCAUCGUCGCGAUCUAGGGUCCCGGAUGAAGAUCGUGACCGGUGA